AGCGGGCGGCGGUGGGGACGCGUCCCCUCUCCUCUCUCCCUCCUUCCCUCCCCCUCCCUCCCCUUCCUUGCUUUUCUCUCCUCUCUCCUCUCUCUUCUCUCUCCCCCCUCCCUCCUCCUCUGGCGGCGGCGGCUCCGGAUCCGGGCGCUGGGCUCUGCCCGCCGCCUCCAGUCCAGGUCUUGGCGGCGGCCGCCGCCCUCCCCUCCUCCGCUCCCUCUCUCUCGCCUUUUAAUCAUGCCCCUCUGUCUGUGUGUGAGUGCAGGCAGGCUGACAAUGAUUUCCUCAGUGAUUACGUACAGAGCGAGUCCCUGCGGGUUAGGGGCCCCCUCUGGAGCCAUCCUGAUGGCUUUGGGGGCCUUGCUUCCAUUUUCCAUUAUUAUGUGGACUACCGGAGCGACAGCGCAGUCCAAGACCUUGCAGACCCAAACUGUAAACUAGAAGACAAGACAGAAGAUGGAGAAGUGUUAGACUGUAAGAAAAGGCCGGAUGAAGGGGAGGAGUUGGAAGAAGAAGCUGUGCACAGCUGUGACAGCUGCCUCCAGGUGUUUGAGUCACUGAGUGAUAUCACAGAACACAAGAUUAAUCAAUGUCAACUGACAGAUGGAGUGGAUGUUGAGGAUGACCCCACUUGCUCAUGGCCAGCAUCAUCACCUUCCAGCAAGGACCAGACUUCCCCGAGCCAUGGAGAAGGUUGUGAUUUUGGUGAAGAGGAAGGAGGCCCAGGGUUGCCCUAUCAGUGCCAGUUUUGUGACAAAUCGUUCAGCCGCCUCAGCUACUUAAAGCACCACGAGCAAAGUCACAGUGACAAACUCCCUUUCAAAUGCACAUAUUGCAGUCGUCUCUUCAAACACAAACGAAGCAGGGACCGCCACAUAAAGCUUCAUACGGGAGACAAGAAAUAUCACUGCAGUGAGUGUGAUGCAGCAUUCUCAAGGAGUGAUCAUCUUAAAAUUCACUUAAAGACUCAUACGUCCAACAAGCCAUAUAAAUGUGCCAUUUGUAGACGUGGAUUCCUGUCAUCUAGUUCGCUGCACGGCCACAUGCAGGUUCACGAGAGGAACAAGGAUGGCUCUCAGUCUGCUUCCCGGAUGGAGGACUGGAAAAUGAAGGACACUCAGAAGUGCAGUCAGUGUGAAGAAGGCUUUGAUUUUCCUGAGGAUCUUCAGAAGCACAUUGCGGAAUGUCACCCUGAGUGUUCUCCUAAUGAAGACCGAUCUGCUCUUCAGUGUGUUUAUUGUCACGAACUCUUUGUAGAGGAAACGUCUCUGGUGAAUCACAUGGAGCAGGCUCAUAAUGGUGAGAAGAAGAAUUCAUGCAGCAUUUGCUCUGAGAACUUUCACACUGUGGAAGAGCUGUACAGCCACAUGGACAGUCACCAGCAACCAGAAUCAUGCAACCACAGCAACAGCCCAUCAUUGGUAACUGUUGGCUAUACCUCAGUCUCAAGUACCACUCCAGAUUCCAAUCUCUCUGUGGAUAGUUCAACGAUGGUGGAAACGGCUCCCCCUAUACCAAAAGGCCGUGGAAGGAAGCGGGCAGCUCAGCAAGUGCCAGAUAUCACUGGUCCUUCAAGUAAACAGGCAAAAGUUACCUAUAGCUGCAUUUAUUGCAACAAACAGUUAUUUUCCAGCCUCGCAGUUUUGCAGAUACACCUGAAAACUAUGCAUUUAGAUAAACCUGAACAAGCCCAUAUCUGUCAGUACUGUUUGGAGGUAUUGCCAUCUCUCUACAAUCUGAACGAGCAUCUUAAGCAAGUCCAUGAAGCUCCGGAUCCAGGGCUGAUUGUUUCCACCAUGCCUGCGAUGGUGUACCAGUGCAACUUCUGCUCUGAAGUGUUCAAUGACCUCAACACUCUUCAGGAGCAUAUCCGAUGUUCUCAUGGAUUUGCCAACCCUGCUGCUAAGGACAGUAAUGCGUUCUUUUGUCCCCAUUGCUACAUGGGGUUUCUUACAGAUUCUUCUCUGGAAGAGCAUAUUAGACAAGUCCAUUGUGAUCUUAGCAGUUCCCGUUUUGGUUCCCCUGUGCUCGGAACCCCAAAAGAUCCAGUAGUGGAAGUGUAUUCUUGUUCUUACUGUACAAAUUCUCCAAUAUUUAAUAGCGUUCUUAAAUUGAACAAGCAUAUCAAGGAGAACCAUAAGAACAUUCCUUUGGCACUGAAUUACAUCCACAAUGGAAAAAAAUCCAGAGCCAUGAGUCCCUUAUCUCCUGUAACGAUUGAGCAGACCUCUUUAAAAAUGAUGCAGGCAGUUGGAGGUGCUCCUCCUCGUCCUGCAGGUGAAUAUAUUUGUAAUCAGUGUGGUGCUAAGUAUACUUCCUUAGACGGUUUUCAGACUCAUUUAAAAACACAUCUUGAUACUGUCCUGCCAAAACUGACCUGCCCUCAGUGCAACAAGGAAUUUCCAAAUCAGGAGUCUCUGCUGAAGCAUGUUACCAUUCAUUUUAUGAUCACCUCAACCUACUACAUCUGUGAAAGCUGUGACAAGCAGUUUACUUCUGUGGAUGACUUGCAGAAGCACCUACUAGACAUGCAUACAUUUGUAUUCUUCCGCUGCACCCUGUGCCAAGAGGUUUUUGACUCCAAAGUCUCUAUCCAACUACACUUGGCUGUGAAGCACAGCAAUGAAAAGAAGGUAUAUAGAUGUACGUCUUGCAACUGGGAUUUCCGCAAUGAGACUGACCUACAGCUUCAUGUUAAACACAACCACUUGGAGAACCAAGGCAAAGUGCACAAGUGCAUCUUCUGUGGUGAGUCCUUUGGUACAGAGGUGGAGCUGCAGUGCCAUAUUACUACGCACAGCAAGAAGUACAACUGCAAGUUCUGCAGCAAAGCUUUCCAUGCCAUCAUCCUGCUGGAAAAGCACCUAAGGGAAAAGCAUUGUGUUUUUGAAACAAAAACUCCAAACUGUGGGACGAAUGGGGCAUCUGAGCAGGUUCAGAAGGAAGAAGUGGAGCUCCAGACCUUGUUGACAAAUAGCCAGGAGUCCCAUAACAGCCACGAUGGCAGCGAAGAGGAUGUGGACACAUCUGAGCCUAUGUAUGGCUGUGACAUCUGUGGAGCAGCUUACACCAUGGAGACUCUCCUGCAAAACCACCAGCUUCGAGACCACAACAUUCGACCUGGAGAGAGUGCCAUAGUGAAGAAAAAGGCUGAACUCAUUAAGGGGAAUUACAAGUGUAAUGUGUGUUCUCGAACAUUCUUCUCUGAAAACGGGCUCCGAGAACACAUGCAGACACACUUGGGACCAGUGAAACAUUACAUGUGCCCAAUCUGUGGCGAGCGGUUUCCAUCUCUUCUGACUCUUACUGAACAUAAAGUCACACACAGUAAGAGCCUGGACACUGGAAACUGCAGGAUUUGCAAGAUGCCUCUGCAGAGUGAGGAGGAAUUUUUAGAGCAUUGCCAGAUGCACCCUGACUUGAGGAACUCUUUGACAGGGUUCCGCUGCGUGGUGUGCAUGCAGACUGUGACCUCCACGUUGGAACUGAAAAUCCACGGCACAUUCCACAUGCAGAAAACUGGAAAUGGUUCUGCCGUGCAGUCUACGGGGCGCGCACAGCAUCUCCAGAAACUGUACAAGUGUGCUUCUUGCCUGAAGGAAUUUCGUUCAAAACAGGAUUUAGUGAAACUUGACAUCAAUGGUCUACCAUAUGGUCUGUGUGCUAGCUGUGUUAAUCUCAGUAAAAGUGGUAGUCCAAGUGUCAACAUCCCUUCAAGCAGUAACAGACAAGGCAUGGGCCAAAAUGAGAACUUGAGUUCCAUUGAGAACAAAAGCAAGGCAGGGGGACUGAAGACUCGAUGUUCUAGUUGCAAUGUUAAAUUUGAAUCAGAAAGUGAACUCCAAAACCAUAUUCAGUCAAUCCACAGAGAGCUUGUUCCAGACAGCAACAGUACACAGCUGAAAACACCACAAGUAUCUCCAAUGCCCAGAAUCAGCCCCUCCCAAACUGAAGAGAAGAAGACCUACCAGUGCAUCAAAUGUCAGAUGGUUUUCUACAAUGAAUGGGAUAUCCAAGUUCAUGUUGCAAACCACAUGAUUGAUGAAGGACUGAACCACGAAUGCAAGCUCUGCAAUCAGACGUUUGACUCUCCUGCCAAACUCCAGUGCCACCUGAUAGAGCACAGCUUUGAAGGCAUGGGGGGCACCUUCAAAUGUCCGGUGUGCUUUACAGUGUUUGUCCAAGCAAACAAGUUGCAGCAGCACAUUUUCUCAGCCCAUGGACAAGAGGACAAGAUCUAUGACUGCACACAGUGUCCACAGAAGUUCUUCUUCCAAACAGAGCUGCAGAAUCAUACGAUGACCCAGCAUAGCAGUUAGUGCAAGGCCCAUCUCUUCUGGAGGAUUCUUUGUGGCACAAAAAGGGAACACGUUUUACUCUUUGCACGAAACUUUCAUUGUUAAUGUAUAUUAUUCAGAAACAUUGUAUUGUACCAUAAAACUUGUAUUAUCGAAACUGUUGGAUGUUCAUGUGUUUGAACUUUUGAGCACCGGAUAGACUUCCUGUAUAUAAAGUGUUGCACAUGUAUUAUGUUGUCUGAUACUAAAAUGGUCUUAUAAAGACAAGUGGACUUGGGCCCUAUUCAAGAAGGAUAAAAAUAAUAAUAAUACUGUAAGAGGGGAAAAAAUAGCUGAAGAACAAGCGUCAUUUUCAAGGAGGAGGGAGAAAGUAAUAGCUAUGUUCCAAUACAGCUCUGUUUGGCCUUCUUUUCAUUUAAACUUCGGUCUAGAAAUCUCUCUCUUUUGGUAUACAAACGGAUGAAUCCAAGACUAUUUUUUAUUGCUGAAGAUUCUUGCAAAAAAUCUGAAGACUCUCUCUCUCACAGAGCAGGAACCCACAGUUGAAUAAGGCCCGUAUAUAUAUUUGUAAGCCUUGCGAUAUGACAGAUAGCAUUACCAUAUAUGCAAUAGUUGUUAUGUAGAUUGUCAAAGAAUUUUUUUUUUUUUUCUGGAUACCGUUUGAAGCUUUGAGUGUUCAAGACUUUCCUUAAUGAUUUCACAUGGCCAAAUUCUUGAAUCAGUUGAACUAACCUGUAUGUUACUGUUAUUAAUGUUUACUCUGCGAUCUGAACCUGGAGAUUACUGGAAUUGUUUUCCAAAAGGAAAUAAAUUCAGUUUACCAUUAUGUGUGA